CGAAAGGCGCUCGACGCGAUCGCGAUCGCGCCCGCGUCGCGCGCGUCGUCGCCGCCCGCGCUCGCGGACGCGCGGCGCCGCGCCGGCGCGAUCGCGUCCACCCACGCGCGCGCCGCCGCCGCGGACGCCGCGUCCGCCUCGCUCGCGUCCGUCCAGCGCGCGCAGGCGGCGUCCGCGGCGGCGAUCGCGCGCGUGGAGUGGCUGCUCGAAAGCCGGCUCGAACGCGGCGGCGGCGGCGCGUGGCCCGGCGUCGACGCGGACGCGCGGCGCUGGCGAUCGCUCGCGCUCGACGCGAUCGUCGCCGGCGCCGCGGACGUCGCGUCCACGGACGCCGCGGUGAUGCGAUGGGAGCAGCGCGUUUGCGCGGUCGAGGCGCGGGUGACGGGGAUGGUGGAGCCGCUCGCGCGGCAUCGCACGGAGGCGGCGCGCGUGGAGGCGUUCGCCGCCGCGACGACGCGUCGCCGGGGCGCGCUCUGGGACGCCGCGGAACGCGCGGGGGGCGUCGUGAGACUGUGCGAGGGCGUCGAGGCGUUCGAGCGGAGCAGGGAGCCGGAGCGCGAGGCCGCGCUCGCGGACGCGCUGCUGCCGGAGGGGUUCUUGGACUUUAGCUUCGACGACGACGACGACGGCGACGGCGGCGGCGGCGGCGGCGCGGCGGCGCGCGGCGCGUCCGCGUCGGCUUCGAAGAAAUCUUCGUCGUUCGAUCCGACCGCCUCCUCCGCGGACGGCCGCGAAGGCUGGGAGGUCGCGUACCAGUCCGCGCUCGAGAACUUGAUCACCGCCGCGGAAGAAGCGGACGCGGCGGCGGUCGCCGCGUCCGGCCCCGCGGCGGCGGCGGCGGCCGCCGCGCGCGCGCGCGCGACGGAGGCCAGCACGCGCGCGCGCGAGCUCGCCGUCGCCGCGGCGGACGCGACGACGGAGCGCGACGUCGCCGUCCGCGCGUUCGUCGAGACGUCCCGAUCCGACGCGAUCGCCGCGGUGAAAGCGGUGGACGCGGCGUCGCGAGCGGUGAAGAGCGCGGCGACGACGGACGCGCUCGCGGCCGCGGACGCGGCGGGGAAGGCGUUGGAGGCGCUCGACGCGAUGCUCGCGGGCGGCGGCGGCGGCGGCGGCGGCGGCGGCGGCGUCGAGGACGCCGGCGGCGCCGCCGCCGCGGCGUCCACCGCGUGCGACGCGUUCGCGCGCGCCGUCGCGGCCGCGUCCGAACGUCUCCCCGCGCUGAUUCGAGCGCUCGGCGCGAUCGCGGGUUGGAGCGCGGCGGAGUCUUCGUCCCCCGACGCGCUCGCCGCGGCGGCGGGGGUGGUCGCCGGCGCGACGACGGACGGCUUCAACCUGGUGAGCGUGUCGACCGCGGCGACGCGGAUGCGCGACGAGAUGAUGCGCGCGGCGGUCGCCGCCGCGGAGGCGGCCGCGGCGAUCAAGGAAGAAGCCGGAUUAGGUCUCGUGGGCGGGGGCGACGACGAGGAGGAGAAGGGAUCCCUUACGACGCCGGUCGACGGCGGCGACGGCGGCGGCGACGGCGACGGCGGCGAAGACGAAGACGACGAGCGAGGCACGGAGUCUGAUUCAGACGCCGAUUCCGACGCCGACGCCGACGCCGACGCCGACGCCGACGCCGCGACGACCGCGCCCGCCGCCGCCCCCACCGCGCCGUCUCCUCCCCCUCUCCGCCGCGCGAACGCGCACAAACGCUGGCGCGGAGGAAGGCACCCGCACGCGACGCGUCUGAUCGAUUGCGUCGCCGCGAAGCUUCACGGUCGCGUCGCGCUCACGGAGACUCUCCGCGCGAGGGCGCUGUCGCCGAUUUCGCCGCCAGCGCCCGCGGCGCCGUCCGCGACGG